GCGGGCGAGGCUUCGGAAGGCUCGGAGCCUCCGCUCUCGCUGCUGGGGCGGGCUGGGAGAGGCGCGGGCCAGGCCCGGAGAGCCGGCGCCCGCGGAGAGCGUCAGUCAGACUCAUGCGCUACCGCUCCUGCGGCGGCUUCCGCUCUUCCUAACCGUUAGGAGCGCCGAGGGCCAUGGCUGAGGUGCACGUGAUUGGUCAAAUCAUGGGGGCCACCGGUUUCUCGGAAAGUAGCCUCUUCUGCAAGUGGGGCGUCCACACAGGGGCGGCAUGGAAGCUCCUAUCGGGCCUGCGGGAAGGCCAAACACAGGUGGACACCCCCCAGAUCGGGGACAUGGCGUACUGGUCCCACCCCAUUGACCUGCACUUUGCCACCAAAGGUCUCCAAGGCUGGCCCCGGCUUCAUCUACAGGUGUGGUCCCAAGACAGCUUCGGCCGCUGCCAGCUGGCUGGUUACGGCUUUUGUCAUGUGCCCAGCAGUCCAGGGACUCAUCAGCUGGACUGCCCCACAUGGCGGCCCCUGGGCAGCUGGCGGGAGCAGCUGGCUCGGGCCUUCGUGGGUGGUGGCCCUCAGCUGCUGCACGGGGAUGCCAUCUACAGCGGGGCUGACCGCUACCGCCUGCACACGGCCGCGGGUGGCACUGUGCACCUCGAGUUGGGCCUGCUGCUGCGCCACUUCGACCGCUAUGGUGUGGAAUGCUGAGGGACCCUGCCAGACUGCCCCAUCCGUAUCCACACCCCCAGACCCCCCGGGAGGGGCAGGAUGGCACAAUGGUCAAAAGAGUGGGCUCUGGGGACAGUCAGACCUGAGCCUGCGAAGGUAGGCACUGCUUCUGUCCCGCUGGGCCCUUCAGGCAGUGACUGCCACUCCGGAGUCCUGUUUCCCCAGCUGUAAAAUGGGGCGGUCACAUGUGGGUGAGAAGAGGCAGCUUAGCAGGGAGAGUGCUCAAUAAAGGCGAGCAGCUCCGCAGUGUUGGUGCCCGCCUGACCGCCGUCAG